AUGGCGAGAGGGAACGAGCCCAUGCAGCAGCAACUGGACGGGCAUCGUGUGCGAUACCGUACACCGCGGCAGCCGCGCACCCCUGGUGGUUACCGAGAUCACCCUGCCAAACGCCGGCAUCGACGGCCGCAUCGAUACAGCAACUCGCUCGAUGGGAAGAUACCAUCUGAGUUGGGCAACAUGGUAAACCUCAGAGUGCUGGAAAUAUCUGAAAACAAUUUUACUGGUCGCAUCCCUCCCUCCCUUGGGAACCUGACGAACCUGCUUGUACUUGCCAUCCAUCAGAGCAGCCUCACGGGGACGAUCCCGGAGGAGCUUGGGAAGCUCACAAACCUAGAGUAUUUGGAGCUAAGUAGCACGUUGUUAACUGGACAAGUACCAGAAAGCCUUGGCAACCUGACCAGAGCACAACUCUUUCAUCUACCGGAGAACCUGCUAUGGGGGCCCAUACCAUCUUCUCUAGGCAAUCUCAUGAAUUUGGCUGAGAUUGAACUUGGUGAGAACUACUUUAGUGGUGGAAUUCCAUCCUCUCGCGCGAAUCUCACCAACCUAUAUGGACUCAUUCUCAGUGACAAUCAGCUCACAGGUUCCAUUCCAGCAACUCUAGCAAACCUUAGAAGCUUGACGGAGCUGUAUGCCUUCAAUAACUUUCUAUCAGGACAUAUACCACUCCAAUUUGGGCAGCUGACCAAUUUGCAGUACGUCGACCUAUCCGUGAACAAUUUGAGUGGGUUCAUACCACAAGAGCUUGGGAGUUGCACUGGUCUGCGAUCUUUGGUUAUUAGCCACAAUAGGCUAAGUGGAGAUUUGCCAGUGACCAUUGGUAAUAUGUUGGACCUACAGAUUAUAUUGGAUGUCAGUGAUAACAAACUCACAGGUGGGCUACCACCAGAGCUCGGGAACUUAGCUAUGUUGGAGGUAUUGAACCUUUCCCAUAAUCAAUUCAAUGGGAGCAUUCCGUCCUCCUUAGCAAGCAUGAUAAAUGUGCCCUCAGUGUGGAAUUUCGACGGGAAGCUAGUGUUUGAGGAUAUCACUAGAGCAACAGAAAAUUUCAGUGAUAGGUACAUCAUUGGUUCAGGGGGGUAUGGCACUGUCUACAAAGCACAGCUUCAAGGGGAGCGAUUGGUUGCAGUGAAAAAGCUUCACCAAACUGAAGAAGGGAUCAGUGAUGAAAAGAGAUUCCUUAGUGAAAUUGAAGUCUUGACAACAAUUCGGCAUAGAAGCAUCGUAAAACUAUAUGAGUAUUGCUCUCAUCCAAGGUGCAAAUUUCUAGUAUAUGAUUACAUUGAUAGAGGAAACCUUCAUGGUAUCUUGGAAAAUGAGGAACUUGCAAAGGAGUUAGACUGGCAGAAGCGAAUUGCCGUUGCAAGAGAUGUUGCUCAAGCUAUCUACUACUUGCACCAUGAAUGCAACCCACCAAUUAUCCAUCGUGAUAUAAAAAAUCAUGCCCGAAUCUUCCAUACCAUCCAUGUCUGUUGGCUGGAUCUAAGACCUCCUGUCCCCUUCGCCUUAUUCAGUUUAUUUGCUGCCACACAUUCGGUAAUAUUAACUCUAGGGAUUUACUUUAAUGCAGAGCUUUCAUACACAUCAGUAGUGACGACAAAAUGUGAUGUCUACAGCUUUGGUGUGGUUACCCUGGAGAUUGUGAUGGGGAGAUACCCAAGGGAGCUGCAGACCUUUGCUUCCAUUGGAGAGCAUCAUGAGCUUGCAGUGGAGGACAUGCUGGACCAGCGCCCAUCAUCACCAACAACGGUGGAGCAGGAAGAAAUUGCUCAGCUUGUUGAAGUGGCAUUUUAA